UCAAUGGCUUACGUGUGGGCAUGGGGACCAGCUGGCCGCCACUGUUCAACUCUUGUUGCUUUAAUAUCCUCUCGCUCUAACAUCCCCCCCUUUCUCUCUAAAACGAUGGGCUGUUGUGGCGACAGCGAUGAGGAUGAUCCGAUCCCUAUCCUCACGCAGCACCUCAACCCACUGGAAUCUUCAACCGAUAUAUCGGCUGAGACCACAAUCACCAUCUCUCCGAUGAACUCCCACUUCUCAGCGCUUACGUGCCGGGAUACACUCCGGCUGAUCUUCGAGAAGCUUCCGGUGGCGGACUUGUCUCGGGCGUGUUGCGUUUGCAGGGUUUGGAACUCGGUGGCGUCAGAUGGUGAUAUAGUGAAGCGUGCGUUUAUGAGUCCGUGGAAAUUGAAGGAGGUGGUCGGAAAGCCUGUGUCUGGAAACUUCUGGAGAGAUAAUGGCAUCUGGAAGUUCUCUAUUUCGCAUAAGAUUAUAAGAGGGGAUACUGUUGCCAGUCUUGCAGUCAAGUAUUCGGUCCAGGUUAUGGACAUAAAAAGAUUAAACAAUAUGAUGAGCGACCAUGGCAUAUAUUCAAGGGAGAGACUACUAAUCCCUAUAAGCAAUCCAGAACUUCUCGUGAAUGGCACAUGCUACAUAGAGUUGGAUACCUAUGCAAAAAGGGAAGUGGCAGUGCUGUAUCUUGAGGGUGAACCUGACAGAAAGCUGAGGUAUUUGUCAAACUGGGCAACCUCUGACCGUGGCAAAAGAAGGGUUCUUGACUCUUUGAAGAGAAGCAUGCAAGUUGAUGAUGGGACUGCUCAAUACUACUUGUCUAUUUCAAAUGGUGACCCCCGGGCUGCUAUCACACAGUUCUCAGCAGAUAUCAAGUGGGAGAGACAAGCAGGAUUAGGUUAGGUUAGUUGGAAAUCUGAAGUUGAUAAUGAAUUGGACAUAAAGAAGUAUCUGGAUCAGAGUUUUCACACUUCACUUGUCCUCAAAAACAUCUUAUUGAUGAGCAAAGAGCAAAUGUUAAUAUCAUAUUGAUGGUCCAUGUGGGAUUACAUCUUAUUGAUGUUCCCCUUGAUUUGGCCUGCUUGCUGCUUUAGUUUCAUUUGUUCCAUCUUGCAAAACCCUGAGCUAAUGUGUUGUAAUUUUUAUGUAUAUGCAUUUGUGGAUGAACUUGUUGCACAUCUGAAUUUAUAUUUAUGAAAUGAAAAUGAAUUUGUCCAAA